AUGGCAUCUGGACUCUCACCGACGCCUCGAAAGGAGGGUACAUGGACGAAGCUUGUGAUAUUUGUUGCGCUAUACUUGCUGCUCCUCGAGUCUAUCUUGGAAUGGGUGCUCGUGCUCUACCUCUACGGUAAUGGCCAGGUUGACUCAAAGAUGACCCUGAGUGUUGUACUUGCACUUGUCGCAUCUUUUCUCUCAGUGCCGCUUGUCAGCCUCCAAAGCCUGGUCGCUUGGCAAUACAACAAUAUCGGUGGAUUCGGAACACAGAAAACUAUUCUGCAUAAUAUCUGCACAUAUGUGCUGCGCUUGGAUCUGAUGCUUUGGUUAGCUACAAGUGUAGCCGGUCUAGUGGUCGCUGCACAGCAGGUGUACUGUCUCUCGGAAGGGACUGACGCAAGCUUCUGGAGAGUUGGUAAAAGCUGUGCCUUCCACCGAGCAUCUGUCAUCGUGUCGGUGGUUUCAAUGGUCACUGUGUGCACCAUGUACUGUGCAAAGGAGCUUUGCGAUCGACCAUAUGAUGUAUCGCUUCUUGGUAUCUACAAGCACCAGAAAGUUACCAGAGAGGGCAGUAUCGUCUCUGGUAAUAGCUGGGAGAGCGAGGAUACCCUCAAAAACGAGAUUCUCUAUCUUUGUCGCCAACAUGAUGGAACCGGAGCCGGGGAGUUCUGGUCCGUGGACCCAAUCGCCAACAGAGUCAACUGUCAUCCCAGCGUCCGACAUCCUGCCCCGGCCCGUCUGCGGCCUCAACUCCGAGUCGACACUGAUCCUGGUUCGACAUAUGGAGAGAUUAUGUCUGGAACGACAAUUUCGCCAGAGGACGCUCCAAACCGUAUUUCGCCUGGAUCCCAAAGCCUGGCUAGCGAAUUCUAUCCCAUCUCGAGCACGUCUACCGUGAUGAGUUCACAGACAGCCAGCGAGUUACGCGCUCUUCUCUCUGAUGCGCCUGCUCCCAGAGUCCCGGCCAUUCCCCAGGAAUACACCAACCAUAAAAGAGGAAAGUCAUCACUCUCUUCUCUCAGACGUCUCCUACCAAAGUCAUUUCCAUUGUCGCUUCCGUUAUCAGCGGAUCCUCAAAUCCAGGCGCUCGCAGACCCCAACACCGCAUCAGAUGUCGAAAAGCAGGUCGUGACACCAAACACCAUGCCCAAGGGAAUCCCUCAAUCCACAACCUACCAGCUCAUCGCAAACGGCAACACCCCGAACGCCUCUUCAGCGUCCCUCCCUCAAAGCCCUGCCAACACCCAACCCAAACCCAACCCAGCACGGCAAGAAGGCCACACCAGAACAAUGACAAUGAACUCCGCCGACGCCCCGGAAGUAGUCCCAUCAACCCCUUCCCCUCCACCAAUAGUGCGCCGCUCGCAAACAGCCCACGCCAUGCCGGCAACCCGCUCAAUCCACCACCCACACCACCCAAACUUCAUCCCACGCCCACCUCCCCAACCACAACCAAGAGCAUACUCCCAGUCCCGGCGACACGCCGCAGGUCCAAAAAUGCAACCAGAUUCAAUGCGAAAGAACAUGCAACCGCAACAAAAUAUCAUCCACAACGCCGUCCGCAGCUCCUCCUACCACUUCGACCCAAACCACGUCCCACGUCACUCGCAGAGCCAGUAUAACCCCCACCACCCAGGGUGCAGCCAGUACGGACACCAAUCAUCCCGUCGGGCAAAGCAGCGCCGCUACGGCUCCGUCCGAUCCAUGCCAGCGCCGAUCCCCCGUCGCAAUGACAUCGAGGUAAUCUACCCCAGCACGCGUCGCCCGCGCAGCAAUACCCCUGCCGGCGCGAGUGGCCCGCUCAGCUGUAUCUUGGAGACGGCAUCGGACGCGCGUGCGGUGGAUGAUCCGAGGCCUGUGUCCGCUGCUUACUCGGAGUUGCCGUCGAAUUCUAUUGAUGAGACGAAGUAUCGUGGGGCGAAUCGUACGAGUUUGAGCUUUUACUGA